GCUCACCCCGGUUCUCCAGAUUCAUUCGCUGUGGGUAAAGCGCGCUUGCUGAAGAGGAAGCGACCCGCGCGACUCCAGAGGAAACACGCUCUCGUCGUGUGCUUGCGAGCGGCGCUUCAAACAAUAAAAGGUGAAGGUAUAUCGGUGCAGAGAUGUCUGGUGGUGUGAUUCGCGGCCCUGCUGGAAACAACGACUGCCGCAUUUAUGUGGGGAAUCUGCCUCCUGAUAUCCGCACUAAAGAUGUCGAAGAUGUGUUUUAUAAGUACGGAGCCAUUCGAGACAUCGAUCUGAAAAACCGACGAGGCGGACCUCCAUUCGCCUUUGUCGAGUUUGAAGACCCCAGAGAUGCCGAAGAUGCUGUUUAUGCCCGUGAUGGCUAUGACUAUGAUGGCUAUCGCCUUCGAGUUGAGUUUCCCAGGAGCGGAAGAGGAGGUUUUGGAGGUGGUGGCGGCGGCGGAGGAGGAGGAGGAGGAGGUGGUGGUGGUGGGGCUCCUAGGGGUAGAUACGGACCCCCAUCCAGACGUUCGGAGUAUAGAGUAAUUGUUUCAGGGCUUCCACCAAGCGGGAGCUGGCAGGAUCUAAAGGAUCACAUGCGUGAAGCAGGUGAUGUAUGUUACGCUGACGUUUUCCGAGACGGAACUGGUGUGGUGGAGUUUGUUCGCAAAGAAGACAUGACCUACGCCGUUCGCAAACUGGAUAACACAAAGUUCCGCUCGCAUGAGGGAGAAACGGCGUACAUCCGUGUGAGGGUGGACGGUCCCCGCAGUCCGAGCUACGGAAGAUCAAGGUCAAGGAGCCGCAGUCGCAGCAGGAGUCGCAGCCGCAGCAACAACCGUAGCCGAAGCUACUCCCCGCGCCGCAGCCGUGGAUCCCCGCAGUACUCCCCGCGCCAUAGCCGUUCCCGCUCUCGCUCCUAAACGAGCCCUCUCUGAGCCCCUGAACCAUUUUUGUUUUUACAGUCUUGAUACAAACCCCAUGUUUUAAUUCCACCCUCUUUGUUUCAUAAGAUUUGAUCAUCUUAUGAAUGUCUCUUCCCCCCCCCUUUCUCUGUACUGGUUGUGUGUGUGUGUUUUUUUUUUUUUUUUUUUUUUUUUUUUUUUUUACCUGCAUUUUAACCGACUUUUUGAUCUUUUCCCCCCCGUUAUUUUUUUUUUUUGUUCUUUUUUUAAAUGUGAAGUGGAAGUCUUUUUCAUAGACCAAAGGGUUAUGUAAUGGCUCCCAAUAUUUUUGUAAAUGCCAUGUAUGAAAGUUGCUCAUGGGAUGGUGUCAGUCAUCAACAAUCAUUGUUUUAUGCUGUCUUCCUCUAGACGUGACUCUCAACUGAUGUUUUGUAAUAAAGGAUUACUAAAUCUAUACUCUUGCGUAAAAGGGUGAAUUUAAACUCCUAGAACAAACCUCUAUUGCAACAAAAAAAAAAGACUUAUUUGGAUAACUGAACCAGUUGUAGAUCACUUUCAAAUCAGGUGGUGUAUUUAGUUGGGUUUAGUUCGUCUAGUUGGGUUUUUGUCUCCAAAGAUAGAUUGCAACUUUCAUGUUUUUAUCAACAUGUUUGAUUCAGUCUUAGUGUUAGGUUCUUCGUCGUAAUAGUCUGUCUUGGCCUUAAUGCUGUAUGCAUGCAUCAAAGAAGGCAGGGUGAGUGGAUUGAUUCUAACUCUUUGUUUUGAUUUUGCUGG